AUAGCACGGAGGGAGGCGCAGGCGCGCAUCGCUCGUGUCCUCCUUUUCUUCCUGGUUCCUCUCCGUCGCCGGUGCUCCCGCUUCCUGUCUCCCUCCCCCUGCGAGCGAUCGUGAGGGGAUCGGGAUGGCCUCCCACCAUUCCGAGCCCCUCGACUCCGCCGCCGCCGCAGACGCCCCCUCAGAUAAUAACCCAGAAUUACCAUGCCCCCCUUAUCAUAUCGUUACCAAACCUGGUCAACUCCCGGUCGAGUUUCUUGAACCCUCAGCUGCCCAGAAGUUGGUAAUUGGAUUUGACUGUGAAGGUGUUGAUCUUUGUCGCAAUGGUGCUCUCUGUAUCAUGCAGCUUGCAUUCCCUGAUGCUGUUUACCUAGUUGAUGCUAUUGAGGGUGGAAAAGAACUUAUUCAAGCUUGUAAGCCCGCACUUGAGUCUGAUCAUAUCACCAAAGUUAUUCAUGAUUGUAAAAGGGACAGCGAGGCUUUGUAUUUUCAGUUUGGCAUCAAACUGCAUAAUGUGAUGGAUACACAGAUCGCUUAUUCUCUGAUACAAGAGCAGGAGCAGGAAGGAAAAAAGAAGACAUCUGAUGAUUACAAUUACAUAUCUUUUGUCAGCCUUCUUGCUGAUAAACGAUUCUGUGGCAUACCAUAUCCUGAAAAGGAAGAAGUCCGUACCCUUCUAAGGCAGGACCCUAACUUUUGGACAAUUAGGCCCUUGUCUGAUAUGAUGGUUCGAGCUGCCACAGAUGAUGUCCGCUUCCUUCUCAAUAUCUAUGAGAAAAUGAUGGAAAAGUUAAGCAAAGUAUCUUUGUGGCGUCUGGCAGUUCGCAGUGAGCUGUACUGUAGGUGCUUUUGCUUAAACGACAACCAGUUUGCAGAUUGGUCACCUCUUCCUCCUGUCCCUGAUGACAUUGAAGCUGAUGUUUAUGUUCCUGAAGUUGAUAUCCUAUCAGUCUUAGAUGUGCCUCCUGGGAAAAUGGGACGUGUUAUUGGCAGAAAGGGGUCAACGAUAAUGGCUGUGAAAGAAUCUUGCAAUGUUGAAAUCCAUAUUGGUGGUGCUAAGGGGCCUCCAGACAGGGUGUUCAUCAUUGGACCAGUGAAGGAAGUCAGGAAAGCCGAGGCCAUCUUCAGAGGCCGAAUGCUGGAGUUCUAGAGAUGUUACCCUUUGUGACCCAUGUUUCAACUGCUUUAUAUCUUUUGAAUGAACGCAAAAGGGGGGAAAUAUACAAAAAGUGCGUGCGGUACCGUGGAUCCCUUGACUGUCCGUGAAUCGUGAAAACAAAAAUAAAGGAUUUCAACUUGGCCUAUGCCAGUCUUGUGCUUUGCUCUCUCAA